GCAUCUAUUUUACCUCCAAAUGAGACGAACGAGACAUAUUUAAUUCAUAACAAAAUUAUCCGUUGCUGUAACUACUUUAAAAUUAAUGAGUUGAAUCUUCGACAAAUUUAUAUCGUCAGCGUUCUUUCUCGGUCGCAUUACAUAAAAUACCAUUGGUACUUCAAAAUAAAUAAAUAAAUCCUCAGUUUCCUGAACGAUGUUUUCUUGCCAGUCAUCAGCUUUUAACGAACUAAAAUUAUGACUAGCACCGUACCAAGUUCUUUCGUCGAACUUGGUGGAUACUAUGAAGGACACCUAUCGUCACCCUCCCGCCGCUGCGCGACCAGCCGAGCAGCUCAGUCGCCUUCACCACUCGGCCGAUCACGUGACCGCCAUGGCCGCCUCGCCGAGGUUCGGUGGGCCGCCCACAGGUGGCUCUGCCAUCGCCGACGACGACUCGGCUAUUGGCUGCAGCUCAGCCAGUCCCGAGCCGCAGGUCAAGGUCAACGGCGCCAGUCCAACCAUCAGUAUCUCGGAUCAGGAGGAGAACUUCGAGUGCCUGGGCGAAGGAUCGGAAAACGACCUCAGUAGAAGCAUGGGCCACUGCCGGAGUCAGUCCCAGCCGGAGGUACCGAUACGGAGAGCCUCCUGGCUAAGGACCAGCCUGCGACGAGCCUCCAAAGACAGUGCCAGUGAGCUGCCGUCAUCAUUCAGACGAUACGGCUCCAUGAGGUCAAACAAGCGGUCAGGGGUCACCAACGGAUACGGAAGCCCCGUGUAUCGCACGCCCAGCUUUAAUUCGUCAGGACGGAGUUCGAACUGUGAUGGAGAUGACAUGUAUUCCGAUCUAUCGCUCGAAGAUGAUGUCAAUGAUCUCAAUCAUAAGGUGCAGGUACUGGAGCGUCAGGUGACUCUGCUGGCUGAUAACCAGCAUAACGACGAUGACCGCUACACCCGCAGUAAGCAGGACAAUGCCACACUGCAGGCGCGGCUCAUCAUGAUGGAGGAACAGCUGCGUGAGGCGGAGAUGCGCGCCGCCGACCAGCUGGACUCCGAGCAGCGCCGUCACAAGGAGCUGAUGCAGCGGAUAGAGCGCGAGAAGGUGCUCGAGGUGGAGAACCAGCAGAUCAGAGCGCAGGGUCUGGAGAAGGAGCUCCGUCACGCCGAGGCGGAAGCCUCCCGCUGCCAACAGCAGCUCCAUCAGGCCCUGGCCGAGCGUGCCGCCCUGGACGAGCGUCUCUCGGAGCUGCAGUCCGCGCUGGAGUCGGCGCGUCUGGAGACCGCGCGUGCUGCCGAGCUGGAGCGGCGCGGCCGUCAGGAGCGGGAGCAGGAGCGGGCUCUCCAGGAGCGGCUGAUGGCCGAACUGGCCGGGGAGCUGCAGGAGACGCAGCGAUCGGCGCACCUCAGACUGAAGACCGAGUCGGACGAGGCGGGACGAGUGCGGUUACAGCAGGAUCACCUGGAGAAUGAAGUGCGGAGGCUACGGGAGGAGAACAAAGAGCUGCAGGAGGCCAAUGAUGAGCUGCAGGCCCAGCUGCUGACCACUGGUCUCCAGGAGGGCCGCCAGCUGCUCGACUCGGGCGCCAAGUCACUGGCCGCAGAGCUCGGAGACAUGUCCGGCGAUCAGCUUCUUCCUACCAAAGUCACGAACGUCUUCCACCAAUCCUUUCAUCUCCAUCAUCAGGUUGACAGUGCAGAAAUCUCACAGAAGUUGAAGCAGUCGCUUCUGGAGCAGCAGGAGGUGAACAAGCAGCUUCGGAACUACAUUGACGGCAUCCUGCUCAACAUUGUCGAGAACCAUCCACAGCUCUUGGAGGUCAAACGAAGUCACUGACGCCGACCGACCUAGGGGACAAAGUGUUUCCAACUCUUGUAUUCUUGAGUCUUCAGCCCUUCAGACAACUUGCUCGGCUGCCUUCUCAAGUUUCCAACGCCUCAGCUCUCAAACGGCCGAUGCCUCGACAAGGCCCGCAGACUUAGCCAUCGACAUCUUUGUCUGAGCUGAACAAAUGAGGCAGACCUGGCCUUUGAGACAUUAGAGUCACAACUCUGACUCUUCUGACUCAGAGUUGGGGGAGUGGUGACUCUAGCCCUCGGCUAUACAGCCCCGCGCCUAGAUCAGAGACUGACAAUAUAUUAAAAAUGUGUUAAAAAAGACAUAAAUGCGGGAAUGUGUGGUCGAUGUAUGAGAGGGCUGUCUAAAGGUUGAGAGUGUUGCUGAAGACGAGAAGGGUUUGGCGUGUCUAAUUUUGUUCCGAUUUAGAGUGCCUCUGUGUCUGUAAUUUUAUUAUGCUGCGAUGUUUGAUGAAGAAAUUGCGCUUGAAAAAAACAGCGCAGACAGUUUUGUGGUUGGACUUGUGGCUACUGAAACGAUUUCGUCUGUAGAUUUGAUGUGUUUUGAAAUAUGAUUGGCUGCCCGGUUGUGUCGGUCCUUCUGAUAGGUCAUCGGGAUGUGUCGGCGGAUCCGAUUGGCUGUUGCUCCGACCGCCGGUGCUGCCAUCUAAUGUCAACCCCGGAAGUGGGCAGGGGUAAGCCUGAGACGGAAGUGAUAGUUCCCGGAACCGGCUACAGAUGUCGCUAGUGGUCUGUAUGUGGCCGGGAGCGUCUCGAGGCGUGAAAUAUCUGCUGCCAUCUAGCGGUGAACUUAGAAAUGUCUAGUGUCUGCGAAGUGCGAGUGGUCCGCCAGGGAAGGAAUGUUGGUGAUGUCGUUGGCCUGAACCCAUGUAUGUCGGAAUCCACAGAACCGAUGUGUGGAAUUGGUAUUUCGCUGGAAUUGGGCUGGCGAAACUGUCAACAAUAGGCUGUUAGGCGAACUCUUUGCUACGUCUAUAUUUAAUCGCCAUCAGCAGUUUGGAAAUGCAACUCGACAGAUUCCGCUUGCUAAAGUGCUCGUUAUGCUCUACCUUGUAUGCCAGGUUGUUAUUAAACGAUAAGCGCGAGCAAAUUUUACCGCUCCUGUUAAAAGCUGCGAAACACAUUUUACCCCAUUUUAUGCUGUUUUUGGUCGCGAGUUUUUAUGAAUGCGUGUGAAUCAUGCCGUUGAGUGCAUCCGUCCAGAGUUGCUCUGAAAGUGUAUUUUUCUCUCGCAGUUUGCGCGCCGUUAACAUUUGUCAACAGCAUCGUAUAUACAAUACACAUGCGUAUCAUCAA